GGCUCAUUCGAGUCAUUCGCUCAUUCGUCACUCGCCGUUUGUAGUCCGUUCUCUGUUCGUCGACAUCGGUCAAUUGUACGCCGGUCGUGGUCGUCGUAUAUAAUCGCAAUAAACUUGAGAAUCUGAGCGGAUUCUUCGGGGUUUCUGUAGUAUUUUUAUACUAAUCUUUGCUUCGUAGGUCGAGUGUUGAAUAAAUGACAAUAAUAUUCUUGAUUAAAUUUUUUUAGUUUUCAUUAAGGGUAGUGGUCAUCUGGAAUAUUAUCACUGCCUUUAGUUUUUUUUUUUAUUAAUAUAGUUAUCGUUUACAACUUCAAAUAUUAUGCGACCAAAUCGGCGGAUGGGUCACUAUUUAACUCCAAUAAUACGGGAUAUGCAAGAGUUGGAGAUAUCACCACCUAAUACAAUGGCAGCCAGCACAUCCAGCGAUGAGUUUAGCGAGGAAAAUGAGGGUCAUGGAGCCUUGGGUCGACAUGUCGUUGGCGUCAACAUGUUGUUGUCUUCACUCGGGGACAUUGCAGCAGUGCAGAGAACAACGACAAUGGGUCCAUCGCCUUGCGAUUGUACAGAGGCUUAUUUAGAGGGGGAAUCAAAUAUGACGUCAACAGAUAUGAUUACGCCCCAGAGCCAAUACCCUCACCUGAGGUACAGUCCCGCUCCGCCAGAAAGUAACAUUACAGAAGAUCCACCAAACCGAGUGUCGUCCGAGAACCAACUGAACUCAAUUUCAGCGAGAGCUGUAUCGGCCAUGUCAAAUGUGCCACUGCCGGUCCUAAACAGCGAGCGUUGCUCUCCGACCAAGUUUAGAAGGAUAAUUCACAGCAGAGACAUGGUGGCACACAGUCACACACAGCCACCACUGGACAAAGGACGUCGUGAAGUGAAUAAAGUAUUUAUGUCAAGAUGGCCCCGAGCUAUGGAUGCGGCUAACAGAGUUAUCAGAUAUGCUCGAUGCCUCCGCCACAAGCAUAAAUACCAAAUCCAAAUGUCCUGCUUGAACUGCGGUCUACUUCCUCAACACCCAGUCACAGGACAAUGCGGACACACACGUUGCUCUAAAUGCGCUUUAAAAAACACUACAUGUCCGUGCGGGAGCGUGUUUUCAGAACCGUUCCACGUGAACAUAAUGAUACGGGAUCUGAUUGCAAAAUCUCAACUUGAAAAUGAAAAUUCUCCAAGCCGUGUGUCGACAAAACCCAAAGAAAAUGAUGCCCCCGAUGAACCUUCGCCUGAAGUGAGAAGCUCAUUGACUGGUACAAAACGACGCCGGCGCGAGACAAAAGUUGUUUACCCUAGCGGGGGUAAUCAGCGAGUUCCCAUGUCACCUCGGGCGCGGUACAACCACGGCUUGGAGUUGCUGCAGCAGGGAAGGCGACUCGAUGCCGUGCCGUAUCUCGCUGUCGCAGCAGCUGAUGGACAUCCAAGCAUGCGAUUGGCACGACCGCUAUUGGCUGAGGCAAUAUCCACGUUUAAAACAGACCCGCGGGUUUUGAUACCCCACCUGAAUCGUUCCGUGCGCCGGCUGUGCUCGAUGUCGUGGAUCAAACCGACGGACAUGGAGUGUAUCUUGUGCUGCUCUACCUUCACCGAUCCCGUCACAACCCCUUGCGGACACACGUUCUGCCGCAUAUGCCUAGAACGCACCAUGGACUACAGGAAGCGCUGUCCCUUAUGUCUGCGCACCUUGCAUAACUUUAUGCUUUCCCUUACUAUGAACACGGUGUUCGUGGAGGCGGCGCUGAGGAGUAUUAAUGCCGUUGUGAUUCCUGAAGCCCCGGAGCCGGACCUUAUACCAAUAUUCGUGUGUACCGUGGCCUACCCAUCUGUGCCAUGCCCGCUUUACAUUUUCGAUCCUCGUUACUGGCUAAUGAUCCGACGCGUGCUCGAGUCUGGAUCCAGAAAGUUCGGUAUGGUGACUUGCGAUAGGGGACAGGAGUACACUGACUAUGGCACGAUAUUGGAAGUACGUGAUUGCGUGCAUUUCGAGGAUGGCAGGUCCAUUCUGUCUACUAUAGGCUUGACACGUUUUAAAGUGAUCGAAAGAGGAGUUAGAGAUGGAUUAGAAGUGGCGCGCAUUUUGCCCAUUCAAGAUGUUUGUCCGGAAAGUGAAAUGGAGGUGUUAGAAUGCAGACUCUUAGGGAACAGGAUAAUAUUGAGGGCUCUAUUCUGGCUGAGUUCCUUGGACAAGGACGUACUGCGCGACAUUGAGACUACGUUUGGCACUCUACCAGGGAAUAAUGUCAAUGACGAAUGGUGGUCCACUACUGACGGCCCGGCGUGGCUCUGGUGGCUAGUAGCCGUCCUGCCGCUAAGGCCCGAAAUUAAGGUUCUAAUUCUGUCCACGAACUACCUCCUCAAGCGUAUGAUGGCGGUGGAUCUAACGCUAGAAGCAGUCCAGCACGUCGCAGCUUCGACCAGACGCAGAGUCGAAAAUUCUCGACAAUAAGCCGUCACUUUAACUUAAGCAAGUCUCACGAGUUAAUAUACAUACAAUUAAUUACAAACCGGUAUCUAUGUUGAAGUCAUUAGAAUUAAGGUUAAACUGAUUAUUUAGUGUAUUUAUACUCUUAGGCGCGACGACUACGAAGGCUUAUAAUAUUAAGAAACCAGGUAAUUCCUGUCAUAACAUUCCCCCAGUUGAAUAUUCUUAUGUGAAACAGAGCUGUAGCUCUGUAGUAACUUUAUUAGCUGUAGCUAAUGAAGUUACUGUAGUUGUGAAACCUCGUUGUCCGUCUCGAAAUCGAUUCACGGUUGGUUGUCGUGAAUGUAAAACCUUAAGAGAAAAAGAUCUGAUUUAAAUAUAUUUUGGGUGUUUAUGGGCGGUGCCGAUUGCUUACCAUCAGGUAAUCUCUUUGCUCGUCGCCGGCUUAUCAAAUAAAAAUGAAUUUUCACAUUUUUUAGCUCUAUGCGAAUUAUUGUAGCAUUAGCGUUAGUGUGUCCUGACUAGUCUGUCAGUACCAUUAGUCGUCCACCGAAACUACUAUGUAGUUUGUAUUAUAUAUUCACGUAGGCAAUCCAUUUCUUAACCUUUUUCAAUAACUAUAUACUAAUAUUUUUUGAAAUACUUCGUUCUUAUCCUACAGCAAUAUACUAUUUAAUACUAAUUAGUAGGUAAUGUUGGAACACCGCCAUAUUUCAUAGUUGUAUUUGAGUAACAGUUUUUGAUAACGAUUUACUGGUUCCACAUCCUUUAAUUAAUAACGACAGGGUAUAUUAUUAUAGUUGUCUAACGUCUGGUUCCUGUUGCCAACUCAUUUCGUACUAUGUUAUUAGACCUUACCCUUUUUCUUGUAAAUAUAAUUAGUUAUCACUAAUACUCGCAGUUUAGCAAAGUCAAUGACCACAUUUCGAUUACAAGGACUACUCAAUAAUUUUUGGUAAAAUUAGGAAUCGGGCAUAUAAGAUCAGUCCAUUACCACCGGCGACUGAAUCUCAAAUUUAAUUAAUUGCAGGGUCCUUGAAUGUGAUUUAAAAUCUUAGUGUAACCUUUCCUCUGGUAAGUAGAUAGAUUUUACUCUUGUACUAAAAAUGGAUCUUUUAAAUUUUUUCUAUAACAUUUGUCUAGAAGUAAUCUAUGUAGGUAGUUAUUUUUAUUAGUCUGUAUCUAUAUAAACAUUGCAAUCUUUGUAAACAAUCACAUGCUAGUAGGUAUGUCUGCUUUUAUUAAUUAGUAUAUUACAGUAUUUAACUUCAAUAAUACGUAUUACAAAAGUAUUUAAAAUAACAUUGACUGUAUACAGUUUUGUGUAGUUAAAAUAGCAAUUUCAAUAAUUCACCAACUGAAGAAAUCGUAGCGUUGCUUUCUUACACUUUUAAGAUAAUGAAAUAGCAUUGUAUUUCAUUCAAUUGGGUAGGUAGUGUUGAUACCUAUCGCACUACCUUUUGCAGCGUCUCUCGCGCAAAUUAUAAAAUAAUGUAGAUAACUAUAACCGCGCAUCCGAGACUUACACUGCACGUGUCUUAUCUGUACCAAUGUACAUUUAAACUUCAGCACCGCAGGCGUAAAACGAAAGAAAAAAUCAAUUUCACUUUCGCAUUUAUUUAAUAUAUUAUUAUUAAUACUAAUAGUUAAGAUAUCAUGAUUGCUAUUAUUUACAGAUAGGUAAGAAAAAGUGAUUCAGUAAUAUUGUGUAAGAACAUUUUUAUGUGAUCUACUUAUAUAAUACAGACCAAUAUUGAUUUAAGCGAUUGUUUACAUCGUGUGCAACGUAUGAAUGUCUAAACAAUGGACUUAUAAAAGUGCAUCCCUUCGUAAGGUUAUAACACAUUCCACGUAUGUUUUAUAUACUCUACAUGGUACACAAUCGGAAUUUUCAAAUAGAAUACAAAUAGUUAAGCAUUUUUUCUGCUGUUUUCAGACGUAUCGUGUAGGGUAUAGGGUCGCUAUUUGUUAGUACAGUUAGCGGCAAAACUCGAUGACCACAUCUAUAUUUUCAAAAUCGCUGUACACUGUAUUAUACCUUAAUCGAACAUACAUUUUAUUGUAUCUUUUUUUGCAUUUUUUUUUUCUUAGCUUGGGUUUAUUGAAUCAUGUCCUAACGCGCUCUAGUAGGUAUAUGCAAUUCUCUUUUAUCAUGCACAUUCCUAAGAAUGAUCCAUUCCAUUUGACUGUGCAUAAAUGUUUUGUUUUUUUCUUAUAUAUUAUAUGUAAAAAGCUUUAUCUUUCAAAUUGUAGCUUUGUAGGGUGUUACUUUGGUAACGGUAAAUAGAUUUGUAAGUAUUAAAAAAGUUAUUUAUAAAUGGGCCAUUAAUAUAUGGUAUUCUAUUAUAAGUUUAUGAACUUUAUGUUAAACAUAAUAUAUUCGAUUGUAAAUACUUAUGGAUAAUUUCUCAAAGAAACUUUUAUAAGGACUUCUAGAUAUUAUCACUAAUCACUAAAAUUAAGCUAAUGUUUGGCCAAUAUUCAAUAUUCCAAUGUAGUUCUUAAGAGUACACUAUUUAUGUGUAAUAAAAAAAAUGCAGAAAUUGAUAAACGGGAGUCAAAAUCUCACUUUUAAACUUUCCACUGUUUUAUAUUCCAUAAAACGCACUAUAAAAGCAGUUGCACUUAAUUGCCUACAAAAUUACUUUAAUUUAAAGAUUUAUAAGAAACAUAGUACAGUUUUGAUCACAAAAGGAAUUCAAGAAUGAACUUGUCUACGUUUUUCAUAAUUCUUCGUAGUGACAUUAGCAUUAAGGAACAUGUAUUGUAAAUACUAAUUAUGUUAAGAUGAAACUUGAUUUCUCAGCAAUAUUUUAUAAUAUAAAGUUGUGGAGUAGGCAUGUGAAGUAGGCAAUAUUUAACGAAGUACCUUCCUGCUAAGUAACGGACUGCGUAUUUAUAUACCGUGAGUUUUCAUUCGUCUAAUAAACGCGUACGGUCACCGGUACAAAGAUAUUUAAAAAAUGGUACAAUCAUUUUUUUUACUGCGUAUCUAGCUAUUGUCUUUAUAAAUAAUGUGAACCUAUUUUGUAAUACGAAUGAAAAUUUACGGUGCGUAUAAUAUAAUUAUAAUAUAACGUGCUGCAUAUAUUGAUAUUGAAACUUUUUUUUCUAUUAUUUACAUAGGUAGGUGUCCAAAAUAUAAAUGCAGCGUCUCAAAAUGAAAUUUUCUCAAUACCCUGCGCUUUUUCGCAACUCUGCAAGACAGACAAAGCUUUAUUUACUUGGACAAGCUCAUUAUCCUCUAAUGCUGUUCGUUAGUAGUACGUUCGUAGUAUCGUUUUGUUCUCAGUCUUCUUCCUAUUGUAUUCGAGAGCACUGUUUACAGUCUCUGCAACUUUAGGUGCCUGGCUCCCAUAUCCAUGUGGAGGUGUCCCUGUGUAAUAUAUAAUGCACUUAUUGUUGAAAGGUUUUUGGUCAGGUCUACGUAAAAUUUUCUCUUGUAUGAAGUGUUGCCGUCUUUCUCGCUGUCAAUAUCUGGUUGUGAAGUUUUCAUAACAAACGAAUUGAACUUCCCUCGAAACAUUGUGAUUGGGUUAAACAAUAUGAAUAUCAAAAUUAAGGAUCUGUUCAUAACUUAUUUGUGUGUAGGUACUUGAUGUAUUAUUGCGAAUCUGAGCACCUGCCAACUCAAGCUUAAGGUUAUAAUUAUUACUUUCUUUGAUACAAUUAUUGUAGAAAAAGCAAAGUUAAGAUCUCAAAAUAUUUAGAAUAAGAGCUAGCAAUCAUGUAACAAAAAUGUAAUUUUUGUUUUUUACUAUAUAUUUACUAUCUAUCUAUCUAUUAGUAUUUAGAUGAAAAACUUACUUGAAUUUGAUUUAAUAAUCAAAACUUUCCAUGGGAUCCAAUUUCAUUAUGAACGGAAUCGUAAUAUCCAGAUAUUACAGUAACGAAUACCGUUCUUGUGUAUGUGUAACUCAUAGUAUGUAGUUAUUUUUUUCUCUAUUUUUAUACCUAUGUAGUAGUGUACCUACUCUUAAAUAUUAUUCAGGGCAAGAUGUCCUUCUAGAACUGUUUCUACUAAACAGCUUUGAUGUUUUUAUAAUACUCUUACAAUGUACUAAUAAUUAUAAGUUAAUUCAAAAUCAAAUUAUAAUUAUUAUGAAUGAUUUUUUUAUAUACAAAAAUGUAUGUCUUUUUUGUUAAGAUUUUAAUUAUUUAUUUCUGUUCAAUUCUAUUAGAUUUUUAUUUGUACUUAAUUACGUCAUUCCUUUGUUUAGCUUAAAAAAUGAUCUCAUUAUCAAUAGAUCAUUGUUUGGCUACUCGGAUAUCAACUACUCAUAUAUUUGUAGUUAAUAUUAUUGUUACCAAAUAAACAGGAGGGAUAGAAACUGGAAUAAUUUUCAACUAAAAUUAUUAAAUUUAAAGUUCAGUCUUUAAUAAUACCAAAGGCACUCGUUCUAGUUAUAAUAACUGUAUGACAAAAUCGGUUCCCUCCCACCUUCACCCACAUGUCUUCUAUGUUGGGAUGAUAAUUAACCGACAAAAUCAAUUUACUCUCAAGUUUCUCUCCGUCCUGUUGUAUGUACAUAGAGUAGUGAACAAAAUUAAAAAAAUUAUGUUCAACAAAGCUGAAGUAGUUGCUGUGAUUGAAAUUUAAUUAUGUUGAUUAUUAUUAUUUUAAACCUUCAUGACCGCUUCUUUGGUCCGUUAGUUGAUUAACGGAAAGUGUGAGAACAGUCGAAGUGUUGUCUUUUACUUAGUUUGUGAUACCUAAUAUAAUUAUGAUACUUUUUCUUAAUAAAGUCUUUUUCAAUGAA